AGUAAACGUUUGAGAGAGCUAGUUUCGAUAUGCAUGCUUAGGGUGAAACAGCCGAUGAGAUUGUGUUCUUUGAAUUUUGUUUUUUCGGUGUCUGUUUAAUCGGGGAAUGUAGCAAUUGAUUUAGUUUUUUUCGUAAGGGAAUUAAAGUGAGAAUUAAAGAAGAGAAUGUGAAAAUCUAAGCGCUGGAUCGCUUAAAACUUAAAGACCUUCGGAAAAUAUGCAAAGAAGGUUUCGAGUACAACGAAUUUUUAUUUUCCACAUAGCUUGUGUCUUGUUAUUAAAAAUCGACACAAGUUUCGCCCAAUGUAAUUGUUCAACAGACUGUGCGUCAAAUUGUACUGCUGGUCAGUACUAUGAUUCAUCAGCUUGUGUCCCAUGCUCUACAGGCCAUUAUUGCCUUGGAGGGGUGAAUGGGAGGACAGCAUGUGCUGCUGGUACAGCCAAUCCUAAUUCGGGAUCAAGCGCUAUCUCUGCCUGCGUAUCAUGUAAUUCUGAUGAAAUCAGUACCGCUGGAUCAUCUGCAUGUAUUAAGUGUCCGGCUGGAUUUAGCUGUUCUUCUUUGACCACUCAAACUGCUUGUACUUCACCUUCCUACUCAUUGGAAGGGGAAACAGGCUGCACUUCCUGUCCUGCUGGAUCAAUAUGUCCAACUACAAACCAGGCUCCACAGGACUGUCCUGCUGGUAAACAACCAAAUGGUGGACAGACAGCAUGCACAGACUGUUCAGCAGGAUUUUACAGCACAGCCUCAGACAACUCCUGUCAGACAUGUCCAAAAGGCUCCAAGUGCCCCACUGGUGCUAUGACAACUCAUACUGUGUGUCCCUCAGGAGAAUAUCAGAAUCAAACAGGUCGGACAUCCUGUACAGCAUGUACAGCCGGACACGAAUGCUCCGACCCCACCACCGCACCUCAGCAGUGUAACGCAGGGACAUACGCACCAGCCAACUCUGUGGCUUGUACCCCUUGUGCAGCAGGAUACUACAGUACAGCAGGAUCAGGAAGCUGUACAAUUUGCCCAUCUGGUAAAUCCUGUCAAUCAGCCACUCCCAGUGAUUGUAGCCCAGGGACCUACAGCCAGCAAGGAGAUGGAGUGUGCAGCAAUUGUGCUGUAGGCUAUUACAGCAGCAGUGCUGGUUCUUCUUCUUGCUCAGUGUGUGCUGCAGGAAUGUCUUGUACCACCAGCUCUAGUCAGCCUUGUGCUGCUGGUACUUAUGGCAUUGAGGGAGAGAUGGGAUGUCGGCCGUGUACUGCGGGUCACUUCAGUGAGUCAGGGGCUAGUAAUUGUACAGCAUGUCCUGCUGGCAAAGACUGCAGCAGUGCAGCGGGAUCUCCCCCUGACUGUUUGGCCGGUCAGUACAGUGUGGAAGAAGAUGCAGGCUGCACCAACUGUCCCCCAGGAACAUAUAGUGAUAGCCCAGGUUCCAGUUCAUGUUCUGAAUGCCCAGAGGGCAAGAAUUGUUCCAACCCUGCCCUGACCCCCACAGAUUGUCCCGCUGGGACCUACAGUGCUCUAAACACCACAGCCUGUACCCAGUGUCCAGCAGGGCAUUACAGCACUGCUGGGUCAGGGAUUUGUACAGUGUGCCCGGUGGGCAAGAACUGUUCCAAUAGUGCGGGUGUUCCCUCAGAUUGUCCAGAAAUGACCUAUAGUACAGAGGGCAGUAGUGGGUGUACAGCUUGUAGUGCAGGAUACUACAGUACAGCAGGAUCAGGAAGCUGUACAAUUUGCCCAUCUGGUAAAUCCUGUCAAUCAGCCACUCCCAGUGAUUGUAGCCCAGGGACCUACAGCCAGCAAGGAGAUGGAGUGUGCAGCAAUUGUGCUGUAGGCUAUUACAGCAGCAGUGCUGGUUCUUCCUCAUGCUCAGUGUGUGCUGCAGGAAUGUCUUGUACCUCUAGCUCCAGUCAGCCUUGUGCUGCUGGUACUUAUGGCAUUGAAGGAGAGAUGGGAUGUCGGCCGUGUACUGCAGGUCACUUCAGUGAGUCAGGGGCCAGUAAUUGUACAGCAUGUCCUGCCGGCACAGACUGCAGCAGUGCAGUGGGAUCUCCCCCUAACUGUUCGGCCGGUCAGUACAGUGUGGAAGAAGAUGCAGGCUGCACCAACUGUCCCCCAGGUCACCACAGUUCCGCUGGUGCAUCAAGUUGCACCCAGUGUACUGCGGGGCAUUUCUGCACAGCCUCCACUGAGACACCUUGUGGCACCACCAAAUACAGCAGUGCAGGAGCCACUUCUUGCAGUGAUUGUCCGGCAGGUUAUAAAUGUAACAUCGCCACCACUGCCACUCCUACAAAGUGUCUUGCUGGAACGUACUCCGGAACAGCGGCUUCUACUUGUACCAGCUGUGAAAAGGGACACCAGUGUCCGGUGGACGGAAUGACCGCCCCAGAGGCUUGUGGGAAUGGAACUUACGCACCUUCAACAGGCGCCACAGCAUGUACACCUUGUCCUGCAGGUCAGAGAUGUCCAGAUGUAACAGCAGCAGCCAUUGACUGUUUGCAGGGAGAGUACAGCCCAGUGGGCUCCUCCUUGUGCUACUCCUGUCUGGAUGGAUGGUACUCUGACUCCGUCAAAUCAACAACUUGUACAGAGUGCCCAGCAGGCUCCAAAUGCCCUACCAAGAAUAAUGGGCCAACACAGUGUGGAUCAGGCGAGUACAGUUCUGCUGGCCAGACUUCAUGUACUCAGUGUGCAGUAGGGACCUACAAGACGGCAAGUGGAGCAGGCAGCUGUACACCCUGUGAGGCAGGCUACGAGUGUCCCACCACCUCAGCUAGAUCUGCCUGUGGCAGUGGUUACUACUCUCUUGGGGGAGACACAGCCUGUAUCCCCUGCCCCGGAGGAUAUUCCUGUACCACUACCAGCUCCAGCCCUGUGCUGUGUACCGCUGGAAACUACGCCAACAAUGCAAGCACCACCUGUUCACCCUGUGCAGCAGGGUACUAUUGUCCCACUGACGGGAUGUCAGAACCUCUGGCUUGUCCCACAGGCUACUAUCAGACCAGCACUGGACAAACCAGCUGUACCCAGUGUGGGCAAGGUUACAAAUGUCCGAACAAGACGGUCACCCAGGAAGCUUGCCCUGUGGGAGAGUAUCAAGAUGGUCGGGGAAUGGAGUCCUGUAAAUCUUGUCCCUCUGGAUACUAUGCCGAUACCACUGGAAAAAUCACCUGUACAAUAUGUCCCGCGGGAUCCAGCUGUUCCGAUCCGACAGUAGCUCCAGUAGCAUGUUCUAGUGGCCAGUACUCCCUUGCUGGUGCCACUUCCUGUACAACGUGUCCUGCAGGAUAUGCCUGCCUAUCAGGAUCACAGACAGCCUGCACUAAUGGUCAAUACUCCAAUGGUACCCACUGCGUUGACUGUCCGGCAGGGACAUACUGCCCCGAUCCAACCCUGGGGAGCGUUGUGUGUAGUAACGGUCAGUACCAGCCCAGCACAGCCCAGACUUUCUGUAUUCAGUGCCCCAGCGGUCAGUCCUGUCAGGAUAAAACAGCCACACCUGUAGACUGCACCGCUGGAUAUUUCAGUUUGGCAGGAGAGGAAACUUGUACUAAAUGUCCAGAUGGCUACUACAGUGCUACAAAGGCAGGUUCCUGUUCCCAGUGUCCCGCAGGACAGAAAUGUUUCGCUGGAACCAGCUUCAUUUCUCCAACCAACUGUGCAAUUGGGUUCUUCUCAGCACUGGGACAAUCGACUUGUACACAGUGUGAAGCAGGGUACACCAGCAGUGCUGGAGCCUCAGCCUGCUCCCAGUGCUCAGCUGGAUUCCAGUGUCUGGAUCCAAAAUCUCCAGUGGCUUGUACAUCUGGAUAUUACAGCCUCUCAGGAAAGACUACAUCAUGUACCCAAUGUCCAGCCGGAUUCUCCUGCAGUGCUAAUAAUAUUUCCCCAACUCCAUGUCCUAGUGGCACUUACUCCACCGCAGGACAGACUUCCUGUACAGCUUGCCCCGCUGGUCAGUCAUGUGACACAGGGUCACCCACCAGCUGUGGAACAGGAUAUUACAGUCCCUCUGGCUCUGGCUGCAGCAUUUGCCCUGCGGGCUUUGAAUGCAGUGGAAGUACUGCCACCCUGUGUACCUCUGGGUAUUACAGCCUGGCGGGAGAGAUGAACUGUACAAAAUGCCCAGCGGGAAAAAUGUGCCCCUUCCCCUCCAUCUCCCCCAUCAACUGCCCCACUGGCACCCACACACAGAACUUGGAGGGUCAGACUUCGUGUACUGACUGUCAGGCAGGGUUCUACUGUCCAGCCAGCGCCCCUGAUCAGAUUGCCUGUGCGACAGGAGAGUACUCCUUGGCCAAGUCCACUUCCUGUACCGUAUGUCCGGCCGGCUACUCCUGUGCCACCACCUCAGCCUCCCCCUCAGCCUGCGCGGCGGGGACCUACUCCCUGGGGGGUAACACCAGCUGUACCGACUGUGAGGCAGGGUACGCCUGUCCAUCCACAUCAUCACUGACCAACAGAUAUCCAUGUCCUUCAGGGAGUUAUUCCACUGGUGCCCAGGCAUCAUGUACCCUGUGCCCCGCUGGUAAAGCAUGUUCAUUAACCACAUCUAGUACACAGACUAGUUGUACCAGUGGACAAUAUGCCUUUGCCGGAUCUGCAGUCUGCACUGCAUGUCCAGCAGGAUGGAAGUGUCCAAAUGUAGACGGUAGUCAGAAUGCCCAGUGUUUGCCUGGAACAUACUCGGUAGGAAAUGCACCAUCUUGCACCUCAUGUACAGCUGGAAAUGCUUGUCCCCUCAUAGACAGUUCGGCCAGCAUAACUUGCACGCCCGGUUCAUACGCAGUAGCUGAAAGCACCACUUGUACUGUUUGUCCACCAGGGUAUCAGUGCCCGUCAACCACCGCUGCCACAGAGACCAAAUGUGCUGAUGGUUUCUACAGCGAAGGAGGUAGAGCCGCCUGUGUGGAAUGUACCGCUGGUUACGAAUGUCCAACUAUCUAUGACAGUUACUCUGUGGUGUGUGCUUCUGGGUAUUACUCUCUGGCCGGAGCCAAGGAAUGCACCCAGUGUCUUGCCGGACAAGAGUGUCCUUCUACCACAGCUGCAGGAACAGCUUGUGCAACAGGUUACUACAGUCUUGGUGGACAGAAAUCUUGUACACAGUGCCCAGCAGGAUACUCAUGUGCCCAAAAAGACCAAAAACCAGUCAUAUGUGCUGUUGGGAAAUACAGUGCUGCUGGAGCUACUACUUGUACUGACUGUGAUGCUGGGUUUUUCUGUCCAGCAGGAAGUACUCAAAAGGACCCACCAUCUGCCAUCUGUUCUUUGGGAUACUAUUGCAUUGCUGGGGCAACUGUUGAAACACCUUGUGAUAUGGGAACCUAUGGUGCGACAAAAGGACUAACUGUCGCAACAGAUUGCACCGAUUGUCCUCAAGGAUUUUACUGUCCAGCAGGAACAGCUGGAGUUCCAACCAACAGCCUUCUUUGUCCAAGAGGGCAUUUCUGUCCAACUAAAACUGGUGACUACAAGGCCAACCCAUGUCCUCAUGGCCAGUACUUUAAUAAUUUGGGAGCAGUAAAGGUGGAUGAAUGCAUUGACUGUCCAGCGGGAAGAUACUGCCCGCCAGGCACUGAUGACCCAAUGUAUGAUGGCUAUAUUUGCCCUCGAGGAUCUUAUUGCCCUCAAGGCUCUGGAACUGCUCCUAUUAACUGUCCAGCAGGCACAUAUACAGAGGAAGAAGGAGCUAUAGGACUACAGAGUUGUAAAAUUUGCCCAGCUGGACAUUACUGUCCAGCUGGAACUCACACCCCAACAGCAUGCAGUCCAGGGACAUUUAAUCAAUACACAAACAUGCAAAAGGUGGAAGACUGUUUGGCCUGCAUUGCAGGGCAAGCCUGCACCAAGCAUGGACUCGCCAAACCGGACUAUCCAUGUGAUCCUGGACACUAUUGUCCGGGAGGAAACAGAUUACCGACCGAAAACCCCUGCCCAGCUGGGACGUUCACCGAUUUCAAGAACCUGACCGCCAUGUCUCAGUGCGAGACCUGUAGGUCGACCAAGGCCUGUCUGGAGGGGACCGGAGGUCAGCAGAAACCCCCUGUGCCCUGUGGGCAGGGUCACUUCUGUCCGGACGGAACAGCUUCCCCCACCCAGUAUCCUUGUCCAGCAGGAACCUACACAAACCUGACCAAUCUCUACAAGGUGGAGCAGUGUACUAUCUGCCCCAGGGGCUGGUACUGUUUGGAGGGAUCGGCCACACCUACAGGCAUGUGCGAUAAAGGACAUUGGUGCCCUGACGGUACCCCAACCGCUACCACUAACCCCUGCCAUGCUGGUUCCUACAGCAACAAGACUGGUAACACCGCCUGGGAACAGUGUGACGAUUGCCCAGAGGGCAACUACUGCCCGCAAGCCUCUGUGCUGCCCACACCAUGCCCAGCAGGAAAGUACAAUGAUCAAAUCAAGGGAGAGAACAUCACGUACUGUGUGGACUGUACCGCUGGGUACUACUGCCCCGGAACUGGAAACGUGAACCCCAUCAUCUGUGACAAGGGCAACUACUCCGACACAGGAGCCUCAGUCUGCACAACCUGUGAAGCUGGCUACUACUGUGAUCUGAACGCCACCAGCAUGACCUACAUGUACAGCGACCGCAUCUGUCCCGCCGGUCUGGAGUGUCCGCCCGGAAUGACCAGAGCUCCCAAUCUUGUCCAGGAUAAGUGUCGUAAAGGCCACUACUGUCCCAAAGGGGAUGUGAAUCCAUAUCCAGUUCCAUGUCCUAAUGGAACCUUUAAUGCAGAAUAUGGACUGAAGCAAGUGUCAGAGUGUCAGCAGUGUACCCCUGGGAUGUACUGUAUCCCUGAGGGCUUGUCCUCCCCUGCUGGGGACUGUCCAGGAGGUUAUUAUUGUCCCCUGGGCACAGCAGCUCCAGAAUCCUUUCCCUGUCCCAUCGGGUUCUACAGAAACGGAUCAGCCAAGGAAUCCUUCCAAGAUUGUGCAGAAUGUAUCUCUGGUUUUUACUGUGACAGAGAAGGACUGGCCACCCCUAUUGACUGCCCUGCUGGAUCUUUCUGUGUCAGUGGAAGUACCUUCCCGACCCCUUGUGCCCUGGGUACCUACAGUAACUCCACCAACCUGCGUAGAAGUACCGAUUGCACACCAUGUCCAGGUGGCUACUACUGUGAUGGCAUUGGAAGAACUGCUCCAACUGAUGUAUGUGAUCCAGGGUUCUACUGCAGAGAAAAGGCCUACUCCUCGGCUCCUCCAGAUGGCCUCACGGGUGGAUUGUGUCCUGCAGGAGGCUACUGUCCUGCAGGGUCUGCCACACCUACAGCUUGUCCUGUGGGUGAGUACAGUAAGAGUGCAGGGGCCAAGACCAAGUUUGAUUGUAUUCCUUGUGACCCUGGAUUCUACUGUGCUGGUUCUAGUAGUACUGCUGCUUCGUCUAAGUGUGCUGCUGGAUUCUAUUGUACUGGAGGGUCAGGAGUCCCCACACAGUUCUCUACCCCUGCUGGACACUACACCCAAGAAGGAGCCUUUAAACCUGAACCCUGCCCAGCAGGACAGUUCCAGCUUGCCCAAGAGUCCUCCAAGUGUGAUUUGUGCAGUCAAGGGUACUACUGUAAUGGAACUGGUACAAUCGAUCAGAUUCUCUGUCCUCGAGGAUACUACUGUCCUGAGGGCAGCAGCUAUCCUACUCCUUGUCCUCGAGGAACAUUCUUGAAGGACACAGGGAAGUAUGAGGAGGCUCAUUGUGACCCCUGCACCACUGGGUAUGCUUGUGAUUCUGUGGGACUGCCUGCAGCCGUUACCCCAUGCUCUUCAGGUCACUACUGUACCCUGGGAUCCAACAUGACAGACCCCAUUGGUCAAACAUUUGGUGACCUUUGCCCCCCAGGGUAUUUCUGUCCAGAAGGAACUGGAGACUAUCAGCAUUUCCCUUGUCCAAACGGAACAUACAGUGCUUUCACAGGUAACUUGGGAGAGGGUAACUGCACAGCCUGUGAUGGAGGGAAAGCCUGCGUCGGUCCGGGACUCACUACCCCCAACAGAAACUGUUCCACUGGGUACUACUGUAAAUCUGGGGCCUAUUCAGACACCCCAAUGGAUGGAGGGGCCACAGGUGACCCCUGUACAAAAGGUCACUUCUGCCCUGAGGGCACCAGCACUCCUCUUGCCUGCACGGCAGGCUCCUAUAUGAACACCACGGGUUACUCCUACUGUUUCGACUGUCCGGCAGGGUUUUUCUGUGUUUCGGGAGAGGUAGACCCACUGAGGUGUCCCAGAGGAAGAUACUGCCCUGGCAACACUACUGCUGACCAGCCACCUUGCCCCACAGGAACUUACAACCCUGACUAUGGUAUGACAAAGGAGUCUGACUGUCUGCCAUGCUCAGGUGGAUUUUACUGUUACAAGCUGGGUGCCAUUAAUUUCGACUUUAGUUUGAAUGACACAGGAACUGGACAGUGUGCUGCAGGCUAUUACUGCAAAUCAGGUGUAAACGUCAGCACCCCCACAGCUGCCACCACCAGUGGAAUCGGAGGUCCCUGUCCCCCAGGCUUCUACUGCCCACUGCAGACAGAGGACCCCAUCCCCUGCCCCAAUGGAACCUACAGGGAUACAUCCCAGGGGGCCAAGAAGGAUGAUUGCUUGCCAUGUAAGCUGGGAGAGUACUGUGGGUCAGAGGGCCUAACAAAUGGUACAGGACCCUGCGCCAAGGGAUUCUACUGCUACAGAGGCAAUAAUGUCCCUACACCUCUAGGAGAUGAGCCAGAUAUAGGAGGACCAUGCCCAGUGGCCCAUUACUGCCCAGAAGGCACUUCUGUCCCGCUUUCUUGUCCCUCAGGAACCUACAACAACCUGACUGGCCAGUGGAAUUGUACAGAAUGCCCUGCGGGCUUCUACUGCAAUGAGAACACAACCUCGUACGAAAUUUUCCCAUGCCCGACUGGGUAUUACUGUCCCAAUGGAACCAAGCAUGCUAAUGAAUAUCCGUGUCCCAAGGGCACAUACCGGGACACUUUAUUGGGACAGAGUGAAUCGGAUUGUCUCCCCUGCACAGCUGGCUACUACUGUGGAACCCAAGGACUCAGUGCUGUCUCUGGGCAAUGCUCAGCAGGGUACUUCUGUGUGCUGGGGGCCUGGUCAGCCACUCCUACAGACUACAACAACUUCACCUCCGGAGACUGUCUGUGUCCCGCUAACAGCACGGGGGGCAUCUGUCAGCCUGGCUACUACUGCCCAGUGGGCUCCAUGGAACCAACAGUGUGUGAUGAGGGGCACUACUGUGAUACACCAGGUUUGGCGACCAUGGCUGGUCAGUGUCAAGCUGGGUACUACUGUGCGGGGCAGGCCGACCGUCAGGACCCUACCGACGGCACCACUGGAAACAUCUGUCCCCCAGGCAGAUACUGUGGAGUUGGAACCACCAGCAACCAGGCAAAGUGUCCUUCGGGAACCUUCUCCAACAAGACUGGAAACACCUUGUCCUCGGACUGUACACCGUGCACCCAGGGGUAUUAUUGUGAGAAUGAGGGCCUUACACAACCCACAGGGCCUUGCGAUGCAGGAUAUUAUUGUCCAACUGGUCAGAACAUGAGCAACCCUUACACUUGCUCCGCCGGCUUCUAUUGCCCCACAGGAAGCUUCGAACAGAUCAAGUGUCCAUCAGGAGAAUACCAGGAUCAACAGGGCCAGUCCUCCUGUAAAACUUGUCCAGCAGGCUAUUACUGUGACAUUGUAAACUCCCCGGUUACAACUUACUCCCCCUACCCAUGCCCAGUGGGCUACUACUGCCCAAAUGGUACAAAGUCAAGCACCCACCAUCCCUGUCCUGCAGGGACAUACAAUCCCUAUACCAAGCUACAAGAUGUCUCCCAGUGUACUGCAUGUGAUGCUGGCAAAUACUGUGGAACCAAUGGACUUAGUGUUGUUUCUGGGGACUGUUUGGCUCGGUACUGGUGUAUGAAUGGUUCCUCCACCUCCUCCCCCAACGACGGGGUCACAGGUCAGCUCUGUCCGGCCGGUAGUUACUGUAUACAAGGAACCCCCGUACCAACCGCCUGCCCACUAGGUACCUGGUCCAACAGCACUGGACUAGCAACAGCUGGAGAGUGUACUGACUGCUCAGGAGGGCAAUACUGUGAUACCACAGGACUGACCUCACCCACAGGACCUUGUGCCCCAGGGUACUACUGUGCAGGAAAAUCAAUCACAGCCACACCCAAUGACACUACGACUGGGGACCCAUGUACAGUUGGACAUUAUUGCCCGGAGGGAACUGCUGUACCCAUUCCUUGUCCUGAUGGAAAGUACAUGACUAACACAGGAGCUGCUGAAUGCUGGAACUGCACACCAGGGCAUUACUGCAUCACUGGACUCACUCCCGAUGAUUGCCCUCCAGGGUAUUAUUGCCCUGAGGGCACAGGGCAAAUUUGGGAAUCCUGCCCUCUAGGAACUUUCAGUACCUCCACAGGUUUGUGGGAUGCUGAUAAUUGUACACAGUGUACUGGAGGGUGGUACUGUGAUAAGUUGAAUGCCACAACUGUAGCAGGUAAAUGUAAUGCUGGAUAUUACUGUACAUCAGGAUCAAACACACCAACACCAGAUGUCAACAACACGGGAGUGGCUGGCCCAUGUCCCACUGGGCAUUACUGCCCCCAGCAGACUACAACACCUCAACCAUGUCCAUUGGGAACCUUCAACAAUGUGACUAAACUGACAUUACAAUCUCAAUGCACUCCCUGCUCGUAUGGAAAAUACUGUGGCUCUACAGGCCUGACUGAACCUACAGGGGAUUGCUGGGCAGGAUUCUAUUGUCUGCAAGGAGCUCAAUCACCAAACAACCCAGUGGUUGAUUCCACUGGAGGACCAUGUCCCAUUGGCAGUUACUGCCCCAAUGGCACUUCAUACCCACUGGGAUGCCCUGCUGGAACCUACAAUCCAUCAACAGGCCUGGCUGAAUGUAUACAAUGCCCGGCGGGCUACUAUUGUCCAGAAAACUCCACCACUUACACUGGAAACGACUGUCCUAAAGGACAUUACUGUCUAGCAGGAACAGGCAGCAUGAAUCAGUACCCCUGCAGUAUCGGAACCUAUAAUGACUACACAGGCAAGCAAUCCAGUGCUGACUGUGUUCCAUGUGAGCCUGGGAAAUACUGUGCCACACCUGGCCUGUCCCUACCCACAGGGGAUUGUACAGCAGGCUGGUACUGUGUGAGAGGGGCAUGGUCUGACCAACCGGCAGAUAUCACUACCUUUAACUACACCAUGUCCUCCUGUUUCUGUCCAGUCAACCAGACAGGCGGGAAGUGUCAGCCCGGGGAGUACUGUCCCACAGGAUCGGACCAACCACAGGCCUGUCUCCCAGGAUAUUACUGUGGUUCCGCUGGACUAUCCAAUGUGACCGGUCCAUGUGAUGCAGGCUACUACUGUACCCUUGGUGCCACACGAUCAGACCCACAGAAUGAUUCCACCGGGGGAACCUGUCCCACCGGUCACUACUGCCCCCAAGGGACGGGCGUUCCUCAAGGAUGUCCCCCUGGCUACUUCACCAAUGCCACAGGAAAUGUGGACUUUUCUGGAUGUAAACUUUGCACAGAGGGGUACUACUGUGAGACUACAGGACUGUCAGCCCCCACAGGGGAAUGUUCUAUGGGGUACUACUGCCCUGCUGGUCAGAAUGUCAGUAACCCCACAGCCUACAUCUGUACCCCAGGCCACUAUUGUCCAGCAGGAAGCCCAUCAGAGGUGUCCUGUCCCUCAGGCCUGUACCAGAACGAGGCAGGACAGGGAAGCUGUAAGACCUGCCCAGAGGGCUAUUACUGCGAUGGCACCAUCCAAAACAACACCUUUUGCUCAACGGGUGUCCAGAACCCAACACCCUGUCAACCGGGCUACUACUGUCCCAACGGAACCAAGUACGCCACAGAGUUUGGCUGUCCCAAUGGAACCUACAGUGACCAGUCUUAUCUGAAACAAGCCAGUGAGUGUAUCACCUGCCCGGGAGGGAAGUACUGCGGACAGGAAGGACUAUCGGCGCCCUCUGGAGACUGUCAUGGCGGCUACGUGUGUAUACUUGGAGCCACUUCUGCUACACCAACUGAUGGUACCACUGGCAAGAUCUGUGACGCUGGGGGUUACUGUCCAGUAGGGUCCAAUAGCACCACAUUGUGUCCACCAGGAUCUUACAACCCAACACAAGGUCUGCAGGCCCUGUCAGAAUGCACUGGAUGCACCCCAGGAAUGUUCUGUCCAAAUUACGGCAUGACUGCCCCACAAGGAAACUGUUCAGCUCAGUACUACUGUGCUGGCAAUGCAACCACAGCCACCCCUAAUGAUGGAGUGACAGGUGACGUGUGUCCCAUAGGUCACUACUGCCCAGAGGGAACCCCCACGGCUAUUCCUUGUGACCCAGGCUACUAUACAGACACCACCCUCAACUCUGUGUGUGACAUCUGUCCGGCAGGCAAAUACUGCACCACAGGAUCCAACCCCCAGGCUUGCCCUGCUGGCUUCUAUUGCCCUGAAGGCACUGGACAUGUCUGGCAGUCCUGCCCAGCUGGUACUUUUAAUCCAAGCACAGGUCUGUCCAAUCUGACAGAAUGCACUCAGUGUGAUGGAGGAUUCUACUGUGAUGUGACCAACUUGACGGCAGUGGCGGGACAAUGUGCAGCAGGAUAUUUCUGCAGAAGCGGCUCAGAUGACAUGACACCUAGUGGUGCCACAUCAGGUGACGCUGGUCCUUGCCCAGUGGGCCAUUACUGUGUGGUCCAGACCCAAGACCCAACUCCCUGCCCAGCAGGGACUUUCAACAACCGCACCAUGCUCCAAGCAGAAUCUGAGUGUCAACAGUGUACACCAGGAUAUUACUGUGAUGUGCCUGGCCUGGAGUACCCCACUGGAAUCUGUAAUGCUGGAUUCUUCUGUGCUGGUGGAUCCAACUCCUCUAGUCCUUCUUCCACUGAUGCAACUGGAGGACCAUGCCCAGCGGGUACUUACUGCCCAGCAGGAACUAGUGUGGCCAUCAACUGCACAGCAGGAACCUACACCAAUGCUGACCAGCAAUCAAAUUGUACUACAUGCCCAGCGGGCUACUACUGUCCGUCUGGCAGCAACAGCAUAACUGCUUGUCCUCAAGGUUAUUACUGCCCAGUUUCCACUGAAUUUGCCUACCAAUACCCCUGUCCAAAUGGCACCUUCAACAACAUCACAGGAGCCCAGGAUUCCAGUCUCUGCCAGAUUUGCCCACCAGGUGAAUACUGCCCCACCCCUGGGCUAGCCCUGCCCACUGGGAAGUGUUCUGGAGGCUGGUACUGUACAUCAGGCUCUUGGUCCAGUCAGCCAGCUGUGCUGGGUAAUGACAUGGGAUCCACAUGUGACUGUCCCGCCCAGAGUAUUGGCGGCAAGUGUCAGGCAGGAACCUUCUGUCCUGAGGGGUCGUCUGCUCCCAUUUCUUGUCUGGGAGGACAUUAUUGUGAUGUGGCUGGUCUAGACAAUGUCACUGGGGAGUGUUUACCAGGCUACUACUGUACUGGAGGAGCAAUUCUGAUGAACCCUAUCAACGAAACAUAUGGCGAUAUCUGUCCCAAGGGACACUACUGUCCACAGGCCAGCUCCUAUGCCAUUCCCUGUGCUGAGGGAACAUACAACAACUGGUUUAGCGCCAACAAUAUCUCCACCUGUCUUCCAUGUACUGCUGGCAAGUACUGUUCCGGAACGGGUCGAGCCUUACCGAACGAUGACUGUGAUGUGGGUUGGUACUGUGUGGAGGGGUCCAUUGUUCCUCAGCCGCCGGGAAGCCAGUGUCUGGCGGGGCAUAUGUGUCCCAAGGGAAGUCCUUCACAAACUCCUUGCCCAUCCGGCUACUAUCAGCCUAUUGCUGGACAAGGGGCUUGUAUAGAGUGUCCAGCUGGAAAAUACUGCUCCCAGAGUGAUGCUAUUGCAGAGCAGCAGAGUGGAGUGAACGCCUCUUCCCAUGGAGUGGUCACACCAAAGGAUUGCCCAGCAGGAUUCUACUGUCCGAACGGAACACAGACAGAUCGGGAGAACCCUUGUGAAGUAGGGACCUACAGCAACACAACAGGCCUGGAGAGUCUAGCUGAAUGUACCGACUGCCCUCCAGGCUACUACUGUGACUCUGAGAACAUCACUGAGCCCACUGGGCAAUGCUUUGCUGGAUACUACUGUGUGCUGAAGUCUUCCUCUCCCACACCUUCGCUAUCAGCCGCUGGCGGCCCCUGUCCCCAGGGAACCUACUGUGAGGUGGGCUGGUCCUACCCCACACCUUGUCCAAAGGGAACAUUUGGUGACAGAGAGAAGCUUCCUUCACUAAACGACUGCACAUUCUGUCCACCAGGGGAAUACUGCUCAUCUUCCAAUCUGAAUGCUUCCUCAGGGUCAUGUUUGGCUGGAUAUUACUGCACAAAUGGGUCAGAGGAAGCCAACCCUGUGGGCAAGACUUAUGGUGAUGAAUGCCCAUCUGGUCACUAUUGUCCAGACAAGAGCUACCAACCCACAGCCUGUCCAGCAGGUUCUUACAAUCCUAACACGAGGAGCACCAAUCAGACAGCCUGCUUGUCAUGUGACCCUGGUAAAUUCUGUAACAGCACUGGGUUAUCUGCCGUAUCAGGAGACUGCACCCAAGGUUUCUACUGCACAGCAGGGGCAAGUUCAUCAGCGCCCUACGAUGGAAUUACAGGAAACAUCUGCCCAGCGGGCUCUUACUGCCCCUCAGGAUCUCCACAACAUUUGUUCUGUCCAAAUGGCACCUACACUAACCAUACCGGUGCCUCUACCUGCUAUGACUGCCCUGAGGGUUAUUACUGUGUCAACAAAGACCGGGCAGAACUUUGUCCCCCGGGUUACUACUGUCCCUACCAGACUGGAGCGGACCUCCAGCCCUGCCCAGCAGGCACAUACAACCCAGUGUCUGGUCUGGCCAAUGUGAGCCAGUGUACACAGUGUGAUGGAGGGAAGUACUGCCAGGUGCCAGGUCUGUCUGCUGUCAGUGGAAACUGUAACCCAGGAUUCUUCUGUACAUCUGGUGUGGAUACAGCCAGCCCUGCUGGAAACAACACGGGAGUGGGCGGGGUCUGCCCAGUAGGAAGUUACUGUCCAGAGGCCACCAUUACUCCCCUGCCUUGUCCCCCAGGACAAUACAGUGACAGCACUGGCCAGACAAAUUGCACCCUGUGUCCCCUGGGUUACUACUGUGUGGAGAACUCAACAGCUUUCUCAGAACAACUCUGUCCCCCUGGCUACUACUGUCCAGUGGGAACCAGCAAUCCUUACCAGUACCCUUGUCCCAAAGGAACGUAUAACCCAGCCAAUGCCAGCCACUCAAUCAGCGAUUGUCUUACCUGUCCACCUGGAGAGUACUGUGAAACUGAUGGUCUAGGUGCCACCUCUGGUAAUUGUACAGCAGGCUGGUACUGCACAGGUGGUUCCUACAUGGCCCAGCCCACCACCACAGCCAAUCAGACCAGUCUCCCAGACUGCACCUGUCCACUUGCCAAUUACACAGGUGGGCAGUGCUGGCCAGGCACCUACUGUCCCAGUGGAGCAAACUACCCAGUGAACUGUGACCCUGGAAAGUACUGUAUGCAGUCAGGACUGACCGCCCCAGAGGGAAAUUGUGACGCAGGAUAUUAUUGCAAUGCCAGCAGUACCCGUCCUGACCCCCCAGGAAAUGUGUGUCCGGCAGGAUACUACUGUGAGGCAGGGUCAGGAACUCCUACACCCUGUCCUGCGGGAACCAUGUCUAAUACUGUGGGAAACACCAACUCCAGUAACUGCCUGCAGUGUACACCAGGAUACUAUUGUGCUGGAACUGCAAAUACCAAUAUGACAGGCCCCUGCUCAGCAGGAUUCUACUGCCCAGGGGGUCAGGACAGUGCCACUCCCCUUGACUACAACUGCACGAUGGGUCACUACUGCCCUGCUGGGUCAGACCAGCCUGUACCUUGCUCUGCUGGGUCAUACCAGGACAAUACUGGGUCCACCUCCUGUCUACCAUGUCCAGCUGGAAGUUAUUGUGACCCAGUGGAAGCAGCAGCCUCCCUAGGAAUCAAUGGGACUGGUGUUGUGACCCCCACAGACUGUCCCCAAGGUCACUAUUGCCCCACCAGCACCCCCAGUAGCACCACCUACCCCUGUCCAGUGGGGACCUUCAACAAUGACACAAAACUCCAGGCUGCCAGCUCCUGUCUCCCCUGUACUGCUGGCUUUUACUGUGACGCUCCAGGCCUGAUGGAACCUACUGCUCCGUGCGGUGCUGGAUAUGUGUGCUCCAGUGGUGCUAACUCCUCCUCCCCAACAGAUGGAACCACUGGAUACAUCUGUCCAAUGGGAGCCUACUGUCCGGCUGGUUCCGGACAGGAGACGAAGUGUCCCAUAGGAACCUUCAGUAACUUGACUGGUCUCCAUAAUGUCUCCUCCUGUGAACAAUGCACACCUGGAUGGUACUGUAAUGUACAAGGUCUGACUUCACCUGCUGGUAAAUGUUUGGCCGGUCACUACUGCCUGCUGGGAUCCACAGAGCAGAACCCCAUCGGUCAGUCCUACGGGGACUACUGUACAGCAGGGCACUACUGUCCAGAGGGCACAGGAUCCCCAGUCCCCUGCCCGAUUGGUACCUAUCUCCCCAGCACUGGGCAGUCCAUGUUGGCCCAUUGCAUCGAAUGUGCCCUGGGCAAAUACUGUGACACUGUUGGGCAGUCCAACUACACAGGUGACUGUGAUGCUGGCUUCUACUGUGACCGUGGAGCCAAUGUGAGUCAGCCCACUGAUGGAGUGACAGGAGGGGUGUGUCCCGCAGGAAAUUACUGCCCCCAGGGCACAGCAGUACCCAUACCCUGUGAAGAUGGAACAUACAUGAACCACACCCAAGCUAGUUUGUGUGACUCUUGCCCUCCCAGGUAUUACUGUGUCAACAAAGACAGAGCGGAUCCCUGCCCAGUGGGCAAAUACUGUAUUGGAAACACUGGCUUUAACUACUCACUGUGUCCAGCUGGUACUUACAACCCGACAGAGCUCCUGAUGUCUGAGUCGGAGUGUAAACAGUGCGAUGGAGGGUACUACUGUGAUGUCCCGGGACUGUCCAACGUGACCGCCAAGUGUGCCGAGGGAUACUAUUGUCAGAGUGGAGUCAACACAGCAGCCCCAAGUAACAACAACACAGGAUUUGGGGGAGGAUGCCCUGAGUCCCACUAUUGCCCUCUUGGAACCACAGAUCCCAUUGCUUGUCCUGCAGGAACCUACAAUGACCUCACCCACCAAAAGAUCUGUAAGAGCUGUGAGCCUGGCUACUACUGUGUGGCCAACUCCACAACCUACCUGUCCACACCUUGUCCAACAGGUUCCUAUUGCCCCAGUGGCACAAAGCAUGCUACAGAACAUCUCUGUCCAGCAGGAACUUACAACAACAAAACUGGGGCCAACAGUGAAUUUGAUUGCCUCCCUUGUACAGGUGGUAAAUACUGUAAUGGUGAUGGUCUAGCAGAGCCCACAGGAGACUGUGCCCCAGGGUGGUACUGUUCGGGUGGUGCCUAUACAGACAAACCCACCACCUACGUCAACUCCACUACCCUGUACAGCACCAACUACUCCUGUCCGGUGUACGCUCUCAACAACACCGGCGGCAUUUGUGAGCCAGGAUACUACUGUCCAAUGGGCAGCAGCCAGGCCCUCUCCUGCAGUCUGGGUAAAUACUGUGAGACCUAUGAGCUUUCCACUCCCACUGGAAACUGUUCCGCUGGCUAUUUCUGUAAUGGAACAGCCAGUGUUCCCAAUCCCAGGGAGUGUGACAUGGGCUACUACUGCCCAGAGGGCACCACAGUGCAGAUGGCUUGUUCCCCUGGAACAUUCUCAAAUCGCACAGGCAACACUAAUGAUUCAUUCUGCCUGCUCUGUACCGCGGGUAAAUACUGUCAGGAUUAUGGACUUGCCCUACCCAAUGGAGAUUGCUUUGCUGGGUAUUAUUGCCCAGAAGGCCAGGAUGUGCCACAGCCCACCAAUUACGCAUGCAGCCCAGGGCAUUUCUGUGAAGUUGGAAGUUGGAAUGAGACAGGAUGUCCAUCAGGAAUGUACCAACCCCACUGGGCCAGAUCCACAUGUGAAAUAUGCCCAGCAGGCUCCUACUGCAAAGCAUUUGGUGACUAUGAGGUAUUAGACGCCCCCAAUGUUACCCUAUCAGGGAACUAUACUAACAGAUACAGGAGUUACCGAGGCGUGUCCGUCCCCACAGUCUGUCCCCCGGGCUCUUACUGUCCCGCCGGAACCAAAGAUGCCAUGGAGUACCUCUGUCUGGAGGGAACCUACAGUAACAAGACCAGUCUAAACAACUACACACAGUGCACGGCUUGUGACCCCGGCUACUACUGCAGUGGACAAGGAAACACUGACUCUGUGACCCAGUGCUCUGCUGGUUACUACUGCACAAGUGGUGCCUACAACUCCACCCCCACAGACGGAUCCACCGGCAACAUCUGCCCACCGGGCAGAUAUUGUGAAGUGGGCAGCAUCACUGGAGUGGGCUGCCCAGUGGGCACCUUCAGUAAUCAGGCUGGGCUGAAGAGCAGCUCUGAGUGUACAAACUGCACUGGAGGGUACUACUGUGGAAGUACAGGACUAACUGUAGAGUCUGGGCUCUGUCACGCAGGUUACUUCUGUACCCUGGGAUCAGAAGAACCCGCCCCUGUGGGUAAAACCUAUGGAGACGUAUGUCCGGCUGGCUACUACUGUAACAAUGGCACCCACACCCCAGCUCCCUGUCCCCCGGGGACAUUCCUCAACUCUACGGGCAUGGGAGACAUCAACAACUGCCUGCAGUGUUCUCCAGGAUACUACUGUGAUGCACAUGGACAGACAGCCAUUACAGCCGAGUGCGCUGCUGGUCACUAUUGCACCUUGGGAGCAAACACAUCUACUCCAACAGAUGGCAGCACGGGGAACAUUUGCCCAGAAGGUCAUUACUGUAUCCAAGGGUCCAGCAAACCAGAGCCGUGUGGAAAUGGAACAUACAUGAACCACACUGGGGCCUCUGCCUGUUAUAUCUGCCCUGCUGGUCGUUACUGUGUGAACAGAGACAGGGCUGAUGUCUGUCUCCAGGGCUACUACUGCCCAGAGGGCACUGGGGCCGAUCUCCAGCCCUGCCCAACAGGCACAUUUGGAAACACCACAGGACUCAUCAAUGAAACUCAGUGUACUCCUUGUACAGGUGGCUCUUUCUGUGGGACCCCUGGAGCCUCCCAGCCUGAUGGAGAGUGCUUGGCAGGCUAUUAUUGUGAGACGGGAGUAGACACAUCUACACCCACAGACUCUGGAGCCCACAAAGGAAUUGGAGGACAGUGCCCACUUGGAUCAUACUGUCCGAAGGGAUCAACCACUCCAACACCAUGUGCUGCUGGCUCAUAUACCAGUGUCAAACAAAAGGGAUCAUGUGAUCAGUGCACUGGUGGGUACUAUUGUGUACAGAACACCAGUGACCCCAACUCCUUCCCCUGCCCUGUGGGUCACUACUGCCCCCCGGGCACUCAGUAUGACACCCAGUACAAGUGUUCCUCGGGCUCCUACAAUCCACUACCCACCCAGAGCAGCUCCACGGCCUGUAAGCUGUGUGACGCAGGCACCUACUGCUUUGGGGAGGGACUGAGUGCCCCCACAGGAAACUGUAGCCAAGGCUGGUUCUGUACUGGAGGGGCCUCAGAGUCCAAACCACUGGUGCUUGGUAACUACACCAGUAUAGAUGUGUGUACCUGCCCUGCCAACAACUAUACAGGGGGUAAGUGUCAGCCGGGCUCCUUUUGUCCUGAGGGAUCCUCCGCCCCCACCUCCUGUACUGCAGGGAUGUACUGUGAUGACUACGAAUUGGCCACACCUAAAGGAAAUUGUCAAGCUGGGUACUAUUGCCCCACCGGUCAGACAGAGGCAAACCCUGCCCCCUUCCUGUGUAUUGCUGGUCACUACUGUGAGGAGGGGUCAGGCACACCCACUCAGUGUCCAAUUGGAACUUUCUCCAAUGCCACCGGAAACAGCAAUGUCACGGACUGUAAACCCUGUACCGCAGGGUUCUAUUGUGAUGGCCUGGGUCUAGUUGCUGAAACAGGGCCAUGCACUGCAGGAUACUAUUGCCCUGAGGGUCAAACUACAGGAGCACCAUCAGCUUAUGUAUGCCCUACUGGAUCAUACUGCCCUACAGGAAGUGCCCUACCAAACAUUUGUCCAAGAGGUAAAUACAACUAUCAGACAACACAGGCCACCUGUUUGGACUGUCCGGCCGGUAAAUACUGUGACCCCUAUGAGAAUGGUAAUGUGACGGGAAUCGUGACCCCUCUGAGCUGUCCUGCAGGGUACUACUGCCCCCUGGCCACCGGCUACAACAUGACCAACCCCUGUCCCUCAGGAACCUACAGUCCUUUCACAGACCUCGAUGCUGCUGCUUCGUGCAGUUCCUGUGACCCAGGUAAAUACUGCCAGACCCCGGGCCUGACCGCCCCAGAGGGAGACUGUGCCACCGGUCACUGGUGUAUGUUUGGAGCCAACACCUCCACCCCUACAGAUGGUAUCACCGGGGAUGUGUGCCCCCAGGGAAGCUACUGUCCAGUAGGCAGCUCAAGAGGAGAAUACUGUCCACAAGGAACUUUUGGCAACACUACUGGACUGAGGUCAGCCAAUGAGUGCAUCGCCUGUGAACCAGGAUACUACUGCCCCACCCAGGGGCACGUCAAGCCGUACGACCAGUGUAAUGCUGGUUACUACUGCUCUGGAGGCUCCAUAGAGGCCAAUCCAGUGGCCAAGAGCUACGGUUACAUGUGUCCCGUGGGACAUUACUGUCCCAAGGGAACCCCAGUCCUGGUACCAUGUCCCAAAGGAACCUACCAACCAGGCACAGGAAAAACUCAGUUGUCGGACUGUGUGAACUGUUCGCCGGGCCGGUACUGUCUGGAGUCUGGUAAUGACACCACAACAGCUGAUUGUCAGGCCGGCUACUACUGUGUCAGUAAAGCUGAAAUUCCCAACCCAACAGAUGGAACAACGGGAGACAUAUGCCCCAUUGGUCAUUACUGCCCCACUGGUUCGUCCACUCCCCAGCCUUGCAGUUCAUCAACUUACAUGAACCACACAGGUGCUGCAGCCUGUUACACCUGCCCCCAGGGCUACUUCUGUACCUCUGGCAGCACUGCUGAUCCGUGCCCCCAGGGUUAUUACUGUCCGAUUGGAACGGGCACAGACAAGAAACCUUGCCCCGUGGGUACAUUCGGAGCAACAGACAGACUGAGCAAUGAGACGGAGUGUACGGCCUGUACUGGCGGCCAUUACUGUGACUCCCAGGCCCUCACCCAGCCCGCCGGGGGGUGCAGCGCAGGAUAUUACUGUAUCUCAGGCGUUAACAUCGCGUCACCUGCAGUGGCUGGAUCAUUCCUCGGAGACGGAGGGGUUUGUCCCCCUGGAACAGAAUGUCCAUUCAAUUCCAGCUACCCCACACCUUGUGCCCCCGGAAAAUAUGCUCCAAUGGCAACGACAGCAGCUUGUAAUGAUUGUCCAGCAGGUUACUACUGUGUGAACGCUACCAUCACCCCCACCAUCUGUCCUGUGGGUCAUUACUGCCCCAAGAACACUGAAUUUGACCAACACUACCCCUGUCCUCCAGGAACUUACUUCAACCAGACAGGUGCCUUGGCAGAGACAGACUGUAUGGACUGUCCCCCUGGACAGUAUUGUGAGGGAACAGGAAAUGUCUUCCCCACAGGAUUCUGUGACGAGGGAUUCUGGUGUGGAGGGAAAUCUUUCCAGAGACGGCCGUACGACACAGGGAAUCUCACCGUCAUCAAUGGAACUACCAAUGACCUAUAUUCCAAUGACACCUGCGCCCCUCUGUGGGGAUGUGUGUGCCCAGCUUUCCAGAUGACCAGUGGUGGUAUCUGUCCCAUGGGAUACUACUGCCCAGUGGGCUCCUCCCAGCCCUCGGCCUGUACCCCAGGAAUGUACUGCGAGACUCCAGGGCUGCCUCUACCAACAGGAAACUGUAGUGCUGGUUGGUACUGUAACCUUACAAGCUCCACCAAGUAUCAGCACAUGUGUCCAGCUGGCUCCUACUGUCCAUCCGGAUCUGACAUCCCAACUCCAUGUCCAGCCGGAACCUACUCCGGUUUGGAUAACAAUGGAGCACUCACUGACUGUCUCAACUGUACAGCCGGCCACUACUGUCAUGGUCUUGGAAACACUGCCCCUACUGCCCAGUGUGCGGCAGGCUACUACUGCCCCGGGGGACAGGAAUCUAGCACCCCAUCAGGACUCGAGUGCUUUGCGGGCCACUACUGCCCACAGGGCUCUAAUUACCCAAUCAUGUGUGACAAUGGAACCUAUCAAGUCAACCCAGGCCAAGAUAGCUGUCUGACUUGUCCAGCCGGAUACUUCUGUGAUGCUGCAUCAGGGAAUGUGACUUAUGUGAAUGGCAACCCUGUAGUGAACCCUACCGCUUGCCCAACGGGAUAUUACUGUCCCGAGGGAACAAUAUCCGGACAGUCCUAUCCGUGUCCCAUCGGAACCUUCGGUCCCAAUCAAUACCUGUUUGCUCAGGAGAACUGCACAUCUUGCACGGCAGGUUAUUACUGCGAACGGGCAGGAUUAUCUGCCCCUACUGCAGAGUGCUAUGGAGGAUACUACUGCACAGGUGGCGCUGAGAUUGCAGAACCUAUAUCUCACAAUGUAAACCUGACCCAUAAUGUCACCUUCACUGGAAACAACGAGUGUCCAACGGGAUACUUCUGUCCCAACGGAACCAGCUACCCCAAGCCCUGUCCGAUAGGAACAUUCUCAGAGGUGGCAGGGGUGUCCCAGGAGAGCGACUGCCUACCAUGUCGCCCCGGGCGAUACUGUAAUCAACAGGCCUUCAUCAUGAUCACCACCGCCCCCAACUGCUCCGCAGGGUAUGUGUGUACAGGAGGAGCCAAUAGCUACAUCCCCACCAUCCCCACCCACGGCUACAUGUGUCCCACAGGACACUACUGUGUGGAGGGCACCACCCAGGAGCAGGGCUGUCCCCUGGGGACCUACCAGUCCAACAUGGGACAGGACCACUGCCUCAGCUGUCCCGCCGGGAAAAUGUGCACAGAGGUGAACCUGACCCUGCCCCUGGACUGUAUGACAGGGUACUACUGUCUGGCUGCCCAGGACCCGAUCCCCUGUCGCAACGGAACCUACAACAAUGUAACAGGAAGGAGCUCAGAGUCGGACUGUGUGGACUGUCCGGUGGGAAAAUACUGUGAAGGACUCGGAAACAGUGUCCCUGAUGGUGACUGUGAUGCUGGAUACUUCUGUGAGGGUGGAGCCAACAGCAGGGCCCCCUCACCCUCCCCCACCUACCCCAACAAUGGACUCUGUGACCCGGGCAGAUACUGCGUCUCAGGGACCAGUAUGCAACAGGAGUGUCCCCCGGGAACGUUCAGAAACACCUCAGGUGCGGCAUCAUUGUCGGAUUGCCUCCCCUGUACAGGGGGCUAUUACUGUGCUGGCAAUGGACUGACCUCCCCCACCGGUCUCUGUGCGGCCGGGUACUACUGUCCGGACAACGAGACCAUCUCCUCCGCCACACCCUCGAGCUUUUUGUGCCCCUCCAACUACAAGUGUCCCGAGGGGUCCGCUAAGCCCGAGCCCUGCCUGUCUGGAGAGUUUCAGGCCAACAUGGGGAUGUCAGUGUGUAGUAAAUGUCCUGCUGGCUUCUACUGUAACACAACUGGCAAUGUUCCAAUCAAGUACGACUGCCCACCAUUCCACUACUGCCCAGAAGGGACCACCGAUCCCACCAACUGUCCGGACGGAACCUUCACUUUCUCCAACAUGACCAACCUGGAGUCCGCUGCAGAGUGCUUGCCCUGUCUGCCAGGAAACUACUGCAGAGGUGGAAUGAUCUCCAGCGAGUGUCUAGCUGGAUACUGGUGCAAGUCUGGCUCCAGUAACAACCUGAUCAACCGGACCAUCGAGUUCCAGAACUGUUCAGCCAAUGAGGAUUGCUCGGGUCUGUGUCCCAAAGGUCACUACUGUCCCCAGGGUGUGGAUCUUCCCCUCCCCUGCCCAGAACACACCUACAGAGACACCGAGGGGGCGGAGACUCCAGACCAAUGUGCUCCCUGCCCAGCGGGCUUCUACUGUCCAUCAGGUACAUCUAACCCUGACCCCUGUCCCAUUGGAUACUACUGUCUGGAAGGGAACGGCACCACAGAUUGUCCAAGACUAAGGUACCGGAAUGUCACAGGGGCGAAAACGGAGACAGACUGCUUCCCCUGUGAGCCAGGUUACUACUGCAAUGAAACAGGAAUGGCUGAUUACUCCACAUACCUCUGCCCCCCUGGAUUCUACUGCCUGUCCGGUCAGGAACCGAUCCUGUGCCCAGCGGGUAGAAUGAGAGACACUGCUGGGGCUGCCGACUACACCGACUGUGACCUCUGUCGUCCUGGGUACUACUGCCCUAACGACACCAUCAACACCCAGGGCAUCCCCUGUAGAGCCACUUACGAGUGUCCCACGGGCUCCUCCAUUGAGUCGGAUUGUAGGCCAGGUCACUACUGCCCACCUGUGACAGGUGUGCCACCCAUCUGUCCCCCCGGAUACUACUGUCCAAAUGCCACAGAGACGCCCAUCCUGUGUAUUUAUCCAUUCUACUGUCCCGAGGGAAGCAAUAUGACCUUGGCUUGUGACCUUGGGAAUCAGGCCUUGACCCAUGCUGGAAUAAGAUAUGACAAGGGAUUGUCCUGUAGGAUCUGCCCUCCUGGGUACUACGGAAACUCCACCACCAGAGCUACCUGCGAACUCUGUCCAGCUGGGUUCUACUGUCCAAUGGGAACAGGGCAUGGAAACACAAACCCUUGUCCAAUAGGAACCUACUGUCCGAUCGGCUCUGAUCAUCCCACGAACUGUCCUGCGGGAUACAGAGGUGAGAAACUCCGAGCGGAAAGUUACUACGACUGUCAUGGCUGCCCAGCAGGCACGUACAGUGACACUGAGGCUGCCACUCAUUGUAAACCUUGUGGAAGCUCCUCCUACUCCACCGGAAACAGCUCUAUAUGUACUUGUAUUGGCAAAUACAGGUCGUUCCAGAAAUCAGUGGGGUCAUGCGUGUGUUUGACGGGUUAUAUCUACUACGAUGAGACGGACACUCAGAAGACUGAAGAAAACAGCGACGAGGACUGCCAGCAGAUUGUAGACACAAGGUGUACGGAGUACGAAGUGCGGCUCGCCUCCACGCGGCAGUGCGUGCUCAAGGAGAGCGUGGACUGUUAUGCUGGGUGUGACACCUCAGGCUACCUCGACGUGGAACUUGGAGUAUGCCUGUGCAAUGACUUGAUCGCGGCGGACUAUGUUUGUGAUGCCUCCUGUCUGGCUGUAGCUCCCUCUGUGACAGCAGAGCUACAGAGUGAUGGCACCCUCCAAGUCAAAAUCACCAACUCCAGUGGCCAUGUUACCACCUCUCAGACAAUGACAGAUAUAUUUGGCCCACUGGAGAGUACCAACGGUGUGAAGGGGGUGAUGGUGGUGAAUUUCUAUGAUGACCGGAUCACUUCCACCAUCUUCAGAGACCAAUCAGAAGCCAAGGACUUGUUCUUGACAACAGCGGAGAUGGCCAAUGGAGUGACUAACGCCCCAGGAACCCACAUUGGUCGCCGUCGUCUGCUGGCUACCACCGUCCCCAACAACCAGAUUUCAAAUAGUGUGCUGUGUCUGGAACUCAACGAGAUGGUCAUGUUCAAGAUCUGGGUCAACGACACAGACCGGACAAAGAGCCACUACCCCGUCUAUCUCAAGGACCACCUGUUCAGCAACAAUGCCAACUUCGACUACGGCCAGUUCCUGGCUCUGAAGAAUCUGAUCGAGACAACCAAUGUCAACAUAUCCACGUUCGCUUUCGUCUUCACCGAGGCAGGGAAUUACGUGUUCCAAGACUACUCCACUUCUACGUCCCUCAUAUACAUCAAAGUGAUGAAUGCUGGCACCACUUGUGGUACAGGAUCUCGAGUCCAGGCAGCCACCGCCUCCAACCUUGUGGCCCUAGGAUUCUACAAAUCAAACCCAAGCAAUGUGGCUCCUGACUGGGGACUGAUCAUAGGCAUGAUCGCGUUCUUCGGAGCACUGGUUCUGCUGUUGGUGGUGGCAGUGAUUGUCUGGAGACCUAGGGACGCCGGCAUCUAUCCCAUGAAGCACUGGAAGCCACAGUAUCGCAGUCUGGGGGCUCCCCCUCCUGUCCCCUCCUACAUGAGAUACGAUGUAGGACACUGGCCAGACAAAGCAAUUGCUGAGAGUGGACUAGGAGAGAGAGUGACAGGGGAUGGAGCAGAGGCCAAUGUCUUGGACUCCAUGGCCAUCAAAGGAGUUGAAGAUCUGGAAAAUUUCAACGUGAAGGUGUUCUACGACAAGCUAGAGGACCAGAACCUUCACAUGGCCUCACAGCUGGCCAAGCAACAGGAGGACCUCAAGUCCUUCUACAAGAAGAUCUGUGACCAGAAUGAGGAGCUGAAGCACCUGCUAAAGAGCCUGGACCCAGCCAAGCUGGAGGAGCUUGAAAGAAAGAUGGCAGAGAGAGCAAAGAGGGAGGAAGGCAUGCAGAAGAGUGCUGGGGAUGUGUUCAACAUUGUUAACGGCAAUGUCAACAUGGGCGGGGCAGGAAAAUACAGAUUCGCAGGUGGAAACAACAGAGAAGCAGAAUUAAUGGCUGCUCUUCAACUGCUGCUGGACCGACUGAACUCUGGUGAUCUGCCAAUCAGUCAGAACAUGUGGGAACAGAUCCAGAAGGGUGGGGCCAUGCCAGAGGGUGGUUCCAUCAUGAACAUCAAUAGGAUGCCUGGAGAUCAAGGCAAACAGGGAGAAGUCUUGAGAAAGCAGAGGGAAGAGAGGAUGCAGUUAGACAGGGAAUUGCAGCAGGAAGAAAAUGACAUGAUCUCAGAGAUAAUCUCGCGGAACGAGGACCAGCGUAAGGACACUGUCAACAUGAUGACCGACGGGCUUGCAGGCAAGCUCCAAGGUGACCUCAAAGAUUCCCAGGUCAAGGACAUCCUAGACAAGUAUGAGAAAGACCUAGAUGCCAAUAUGAAUAAAUUCAAUCUGGAGAAAGAGAAGCAGUUACAAGACUUGAGGAGGAAGUUGGCAGAGAAGAGAAGGAGGAAAGAAGCUCUGCUGAGAGAAAAACACAACAAAGAGGCGGCUGAUGAAGGUCUUCCUCCACCUCUCCAAGAAGAUGACAAUGUGGCGGACACGAAGAUCCGACAGUCGGAGGCCCUGUACGACACUCUGCUGGCAGAGGAGGCUGCAGGCCAGGCUAAAGGUGAAGGGGAGAUGGACCACCAACUCAGUGAAGAGAAACGCAGGCAGGAGUCUGAAAAACUGCAAGAUCAUCUGAAUCAACUAGCUCAGCAGGGCAUCAUAACAGCUCAGCAGAAGGACGAACUUCUGAGGAAACACUUGGAGGCUGAGCAGAAUCUCCAGAAGGUGCACAACCAUCAGCGAGACAGCCAGAUCUCUCACCUCAAAGACAAGCUUGCUGAGCGACGCAAAAGGAAGCUCGCCAAGCUACGCGCUCAGCAGGAACAGGAGCUGUCUGAUCUUUCCUCACAUCUGAUAGAAGAUGGAAAUACAGAAGGCUUGGAGCAAGAACUGGAGCAACUGAGGCGUCUCCAUAAACAACAGAUGGAGGCUACUGAAGCAGAGAUGGAUGCAGAGGAAAAAGAACAUGAACGCCGUAUCAUCAGGAAAAUUGACGAUGAUCACAACCAAGAAUCCAAGAAGAAACGCAAUGAAAUUUUCAAAAAGAUUGCUGAACAAUGCCCAGAACAGCAGCAGACAGCUAUGCAACGUCUCCUUGACAACUAUCACCAUGACACCGAGACCCUGGACCAAGAGCUGGCAGUACAGAGGAGUCGCCACCUGGCAGAUCUAGAAGCAAAACUGGCCGCCAGAAGAGCCAGAAAGUUAGCAGAAGCAAGGAGAAAGCAGGAUGAAGAGGAGCAACAGAGGUUAAUCUCGGAGCAAAAUCGCCAAAUGCAGCAAGGAGGACAAGUGGAAGAAGAGGAGACAGACUUGGCCCAUGUUCCCAAAGUUCAGUACAGCCAGUCCAUUGAAGAGCAGGCUCUUCAAAAGGAACAGGAGAGAAUAAGAGAUGAAAUGAAGAAGAGACAUAAACAAGAGAGAGAGAAGGUGGCAGAGAGACUGGAUGCUGAGGAGGACAAGGAGGAGCGAGUGUUGACCAAGGACCUGGACUCAGAGAGAGAGAAGCUGCUGAGGGAGAAGAGGAACAGACAGGCCACAGAGCUGUCCUCGAGAAAGGACCUCACCGAGGAGCAAAUCAGAGAUCUUAUGGCGUCUCAUGAGCAAGAACUCCAAGACCUAGAGGAGAGGUUAGAGAACGACAGGCACCGGCAGUUCCUGAGUCUAAGGGAGAAACUGAACGCCAAACGCAACAGGAAGAUGGACGAACUACGGCGCAAACAGGAUGUAGAGAGCACCAAGGAAAUGAUCGAACAGAAGAAAGAAGUGGAUGAAAUCAAACUGAAAAAAGCUAAGGGUGUUGAACAUGAUGCCAUUGUGGAAGGAAUUAAACAGAAUGGGGAAGAAGAUACAGACAAAGUGGUGAAAGCUGUGUUAGCCAAGAGGCAUGCCCAGGAAAUGCAAGACCUGGAGAACCAGUUUAGAACCAAGAGGAAGCUAAUGGUGGAUGAUGCCCUCAGCAAGCUGCAUGAGAAAUAUGACAAACUGCGGGACAGUUUGGCCAAGCAGCACCAGGAAGAGUUAGCUGCCCUUCAGAAGAAGGGACUGAGCCCUGAGGAGUAUCAGCACCAGAGGACACAGCUCCUCAACAAACAACAGCUGGAGAUGUCUGACCUGGAGAGGAGACUGUCUGAGGAGGAGCAGGAUAUAGAGCGAGGAGCGCUGACUGACUGGGAGGUACAGUACGCCCGCGCCAAGCUGGACCUCAAGGAGAAACACUACAAGGAAUUUGCUGAAGCUCUGAAGGAGUUUUCACCAGACCAUGAAGGCAUUCAGGACGCAAAGCACAGUGUUGAGGAGUUAGAGAAACUCAAGCAUGAACUGGAACAAAAACGCAAGUCACAGCUGGAAGAGGCAAAGAAACAGCAAGAAGAAUUCGAAAAGAAUGAGAAAAAGCGUUUGGAGGCGGAAAUGGAAGCCUAUGCUAAACAGCUUGAAAAAGACACCACACAAGAAAAGGAACAACAGGAUCGCAAGCUGGAGCAGCUCAACAAACGCAAGGAAGACAUGGUCAAGGAAAAGAAACAGAAAAUGAACGAGGAACUAGAAAAGAUAAGACAGCAGGGUGCAAGUGAGGACGAGCAGAAACGCUUGAUCGAGCAGCACGAGCGUGACCUUCAGAACAUACUCAACAAGAUGGACGCCGACAAAAUGAGGAUGCAGAGCAAUCUGCAGGAGAGACUGAAAAAGAAGAAAGACGAACGACUGAAGAACAAACAGGAAGAGCUGAAAGAGAACUACAAGGAGCAGAAAAAAGAGAUGGAGCAGAAACAGAAGAGUGAAAUCAACAGGAUCAAGAAGGAUGAGGCAUUGACCAUUCAAGAGAGCAUCAGCUCUGGGUACGUCCCUCCUCGUGCCUCCUCACCAGCUCCAAGAGAUGAGGACCAGUCAGUGGCUGAUGAACCAGUGACAUCAGUGCCCCCUCAGGAACAAAUGCCAGCCUCCUACCAGAUGGCAGCGCCUCUAAAUGAAGCUGAGCUCAUGUCCCUUCUGAUGGCCUCCCCUGUUUACCAGAAACUGGAGCAAAUCAAAGAUGCCGUCAAAAAUGGAAUCACUCCACCCAAACAUAGAAUGGAGCCUGGUGAAGGCUAUCAUGACCCUCGCGAUGCUGAGUGGGCCAAGGACACAGAGCUUGUCCCCGUAGACAUCGGCACCCUGAACGCUCGCUCCUUCAUUGUCUACAAGUUCGGCUGCUUCGUGACCGACCUGAUCGCCUCUAGGUGUCGCCAUGCCCCUGUGACAAUACUCCUGGCUGAGAAGAUUCCGUCCAACAAGAACCUGGCUAGAAAUGCCUUCAGGAACUCCUUCCAUUACGAUGCCAACAACAGGAUUCUGUAUAUCCGGGCCGCCCGGCUGGACACAGUCGGAGACUUCAUUGUGGUCCUCAUUCACUCCCUAGCCCACAUCAAAGCAGGUGACCUGAGAGACGACAGCAACCCAGACUUCACCAAGGAGUACAACCGCGCCCUGGCUGUUGUGUGUGACGACCUCUUCUUUGCCCGAUACAAGCGAACCACGGGACUGUCGCAGUCUGUUGCCAAGGCAACUGGAGUCAAUGUGGAGCAGGCCGCCCUCCAGAUGCUGCAGGCCAUGUUUGGUGGAUGUCGCACGGAAGACGAGAAGAUGAAGAUGGUGGAUGAUCUCCUGGAUGUCAAGCUCCUUCCAGGAACCAACAUGGAGGGAGUGCAUUUUAACAAGAACAGGCUGAAUGACAGAUUAUCCAAAUACUCAGGAUUCAGCAACCUAAAUCAACUGCAAGGCAUGCUGGGUAAUGUAGAGGACAAGAUGGCCCAGGCCAAAUCUCAGGGCAUCAGCAAGAGGUCGAACGAUGAGCUGGGUUCUCUCAGUCAGCGAUACUCCACAACAGGUCCUUCAGUUCUCAAUAAGUUGGCACCAUUCCGAUUUGUGACUUCCAACAUGACUGGACAGGCAUUGUGGCAGACCUUUGUCAACCAGGAGGAUGGUGAGGAAACUGAUGCUCCAAGAGAGGAGGCCAUUCAAGACUCACUGGAAACACUACAAGAACGUCAUGACAAUCUAACAGCAGACUUUUCCAACAUCAACUCGGAAAUCAUCGAACUCCAAGACCGAUCUCGCUCGCUGGACGAGGAGCUCGCCGCAGAAACUGCCCUUUCAGAGACAGCCAAGGACAAAGAGAGGCAUGCUCAACUCGCCAAGAAAGUGCGAUCGAAACUCAAUGACACUCGAGCAAGAAUUGCCAGACUUGAGAUGGAGAAAAAUCUCAUGGUGAGGAAACUGGCCGAAUGCGAGAAAGAUAUGGCGGUCAAGAAACUCGAUCCACAACAGAGUGAGGAGAAAUCUGUGACAUUUUCCGCAGACACCAAGAAGAAAUCAAAGAAGUAAACAUGAAGCUUCCAAGCACCAUUUUAUAGACGUUGUUAAAUAGUUGAACAGUUUCAGUUGUUUUUUAUAUAUAUAUAUACUCUUAUUUGUCUAUGAUAGACAAAUAUUAAUUCAGUUUUUACCUGUUUUCCGAAUAUUGCUUUAUGCAUAUAAAAGAUUGUGUCUAUUAUUCUAUGAAGUAAAAAUGAAACAUUUGUUAAAGGAUGUCUAAUAACAAAUCGUCAUUUUUAAUCUAAAUACUGUAUAUUUAUUAGAAUUAAUAUUUAUUUAUAUACAUGGUAAUUAUUUUUAAUAUAAUUUAGUUUUCUUUUGUCAAAAUUUAAUUAUUUCCUAACAAAUUUUGACACAUCACAGAAGUGAUAUGAAUUGGAUUCUAAUUUUAUUCAAGUUUUGUCCUCCCCCUGAAUUAUUUAUAUACACUUGUAGAUUUCAACUAUAUUUAUAUUUCACCAACCCACAAGAGCAUUAUACAUAUUGACUCAAUCCAUUAUAAACAAUCAAUUUCAUAAUGAAAAUGCAUUAUAAAUUCCUUCAUGAUAAUAUAUGAUGACUGUGAUAUAUUUAUAGUGAUUUUUGAUAUUUAAGCUUUUUUAACGUUUUCAGAAAAUAUUGAUUUUUUUUUUUUGGAAUCACAAUAGAUUCGAUCUUGAAUUCCAUAAAACACAUAUUUAUAUUUUUUACACUUGAAUUUUUUUUCUUCCUUAGUUGUUUGGCAAUGUGCAAGACUUUAGAAUUCUUAGCUUAGAAGUUCGAUCUUUUUUAAGCGUGAAAUGAGAUUUGGAUAUUUUCUUUGAUUGUGUAAUAAAUAGAUGAUGAUAAUUGUCAAUGAGCUUUUUGUACCUGUAGUUAUAAUUUAUUUUUGAAAUUCCUUUUUGCCUUUACAAUGAAAUUUAAUCGUGCAAUAUAUAUAUAUAUUUGUUUGUCUAACCAAGUGUGAAUUGAAUCCCGUCCUAUAUUGUUUUUUUGCUUGAUGCUAUGCUAUAAAAAAAUUCUCAGUUUGUUAAAAAUCAAAAUAUACACUACAUGCGUUUAUAUGUUUGUACCUUUUUUCCCCUCUGCAAGUGCAAUUGGCUUUGUGGAAAAAUAAUGGCUAAUUUUGUUGUUUCUUGUGUUGAACUUUUUUCCUCUGUCACCGUCCAUUUUUGUUGAAUUUUUACCAAGAUGCAUUUUUCGUUGUUGCAUUACACCAUAUUUUUUAUACUACAUGUAUCAUCAACCAUUUGAAUAUUAUUCAUUGCUCAUACAUGAAUUGUAAGUAUGUUUAAAAUGACCAACUUUUCUCUUAUAAUAAAAAAGCUAUCUCAUUC